AAAACCAACGAAGAAGAAGCCAUGCAGCGGAAGUAAACAGUACAGGCACUACUAGCGUUAGCUCAGCUCUGUGGAUGAAUGAAACUAGCAGGGAGACGCUGUUGUAGUCGUUGCGUGGAUGAAUAUUUGACUUCUAGUUCAGCAACAAUGUCUUCAGUUGAGUGUUUGAGAGAGUUUGUCAACGAGCGACUAAAUGCUGCUGCUGAAGAAAUAUUCCGAGUUUUCCAAGAAGCUGUCGUCGAGUACGAGGCAGAGAUCCAUCGUCUGCGCAGACUGCUGGAUGUCGUUUGGAAACCCGAAAUAAACUUACACAGGACAGAGCUCCCACAGCAACAUGUCUGUAAGGAGGAGGAGGUCCUCUCUGACCAGCAGCUCUGUGUUCAGGAGAGGAACUCCAGUCUGGACCAAGAGGACCCAGAGCCUCCACAGAUUAAAGAGGAGCAGGAGGAACUCUGCACCAGUCAGGAGGGAGAGCAGCUUGUACUGAAGCAGGAGACUGAUACCUUUAUGUUGACUCCUCCUGAUGAGGAAAGUGACCACCAGCUCCUCUCUCACAACUCUCAUGUAGCUGAGAGCCAAGAUCAGAACGGAGGCAAGCAUGGAGACUCAGGCUCAACUAGAACGGCAGAGCCAAGUCAACAGAAUCUACAUCAUGAAAGCACAAGUCACAGUAACAAUGUAGACAACCCUCACCUGUCAGAGAUGCACUGUGAUACUCACACAGGUAAACAGCCUUUAAAAUGUGACACGUGUGGAAAAGACUUUAAGUAUAAAUCAUCACUAGAGAUACAUCUGAGAACCCACACAGGUGAGAAGCCUUUUGCAUGCAACACGUGUGGGAGAGCUUUCAUGUUUAAAUCAUCAUUCGUCUAUCAUAUAAGAACCCACACAGGUAAACAGCCUUUAAAAUGUGACACAUGUGGAAAACACUUUCGGAAGAAAUCAUCACUAGAGACACAUCUGAGAAUCCACACAGGUGAGAAGCCGUUUGCAUGCAACACAUGUGGGAAAGCUUUCAGAAAUAAUAGUGUCUUGACAUACCACAUGAGAAUCCACACAGGUGAGAAGCCAUAUUCUUGCAACACUUGUGGGAAAAGAUUCACUUGGAAAUCAGCAUUGAACUGUCAUAUAAGAACCCACACAGGUGAGAAGCCAUAUUCUUGCAACACGUGUGGGAAAAGAUUGAUUGAUAAAUCAGCAUUGAACCGUCAUAUAAGAAGCCAUAUUCUUGGAAGACGUGCAAAAAAAAAUCCAGCGUAAUGAUACCUUGAAAGUCCACAUGAGAACGCACAGGGGGGGAAAGCUGCAUCAGUGCAGCACAGAGGGUCCAGAGAUCAAAGAGUAACAGGAGGAACUAAAAGGAGCCACAUGAAUACAAAUAUUCUCCACCAAAUAUUGAAGUUUCCCUCUAAACGUCUCACAUGGGUUCAUGUCAAGAAAUUAUACAAAAUCAAAGAUUAGAGAAAAAGUCUAAAAACUUAUGAUGAAGGUCCAAACGAGUGCUUUUAUUUUAAUAAUGUUUCUACAUUUUUCUGCUAAUACUUCUGUACUUUUACUCAAGUGGUAUUUUCCAUGCAUGAUUUCUACUUGUAAAGGAGAAUUGUUUCUGUAAUGGUCCUGGAUCUGAAACAAGCCAGUGUGUGGAGGAUGCACUUCCCCUCUUGUCCUGCAGGGGGCGACACACAGACACCUGCUCCUCACCGACACCAACGAGCUGCAGACGAAGAAGAGAUUUGGAGGUUUUGGAGGCAACAAAACAAACCUCUGCAUGGACACAGUUAUCUCCCUUUAUAAAACGGACAUGUCAAAUCAAGCAAUCUGAUUGGUUCUUAGCCGUGGUAUAAUGAGCGUAUAUCACGGGUAGAAUUGUCGUUACUUUUCACAACAAGUCAGUAUCCCUCCGCGUCUGAGAGAAAGCUACAACCGUUACAGCUGUUAAAUGAGUCCGUUAAGAAACAAAGUGUUGCUCUGGAGGAGUGGAUGAUCAGUGCCUCCAGAGAAGAAGCCCUCAAAGACCACGUGCAGAGCUACGUGCAGAGCAGCUGUUAGUGUUGUUGCAUAGCAACCACCUCGCACUAUGUUCUGUGCAGAAGGCAACGGAGGGACUAUUUUAUUUUGAACAUCAUUAUUUAAUAAUAAAAACUAUUUAAAUUGGA